AUGGGGUUCAACGAACUUGAAAUUUUCAAUAUGGAUAUGUUGGCAAAACAAGCUUGGAGGUUAUUGCAAAAUAAGGAGAGCUUGUUCCAUAAGUUGUAUGCUACUAAAUACUUCCCUAAUGGUGACCUGUUGGCAACUUCUCUUUGUGUUAAUACCUCCUAUACCUGGAGAGGGAUAUGGGAGGCAAAGAAUUUGCUCGUGAAAGGGGAUCUGAGACAAGAACUGGGUCCUAAACUGAGUGUGGGGCAACUCAAUCAACUAGAGGACCAAGCUGGACCAGUUAGACAACAGAUGGGUUCUCCUACUCAUAAAAGCCUGAUGUAUAGGUGGUCACUCCCUCGACAUGGCUCUCUUAAACUUAAUAUUGAUGGUGCUCUUUUCUUUGAUCUACAUAAAGCUAGGGGCUGUUUUGAGGAAUCAUGUGGGAGAGCUAUUACAUCAGUGGUUGCAGAUGUCGAAAGCAUGAUGCAAAACUUCUCCCUCUGUAGAAUUCAGCAUAGUAACAGAUUAACUAAUGAGGCUGCCCAUCAACUUGCAAGACAUGCAUGGUCUAUUGAAGAUAUGAUCAUUUGGUGGAAUAGUGUUCCUCCUAUCAUUGAGAAUUACUUGAAAACCAAGUUCGUAUUCUGUGUGAUCUGCAUGGUAUUGCUCUUGCCUGCUCUAUGUGCCUCUCAGGACAUUUCUACUUACACAUCAAGAGCAACCUACUACGGUAGUCGUAACUGCAACGGUUCUCCAAGCGGAGCUUGUGGGUAUGGAGAAUUCGGAAGGACUGUCAAUGAUGGCAUCGUGACUGGAGUCUCUAAGUUGUAUAGGAAUGGAACUGGUUGUGGUGCAUGCUAUCAAGUUAGGUGCACAUCAUCACAAUAUUGCAGUGAGGAUGCAGUGCACGUGGUGGUGAUUGACUACGGUGAAGGUGACAAAACUGACUUCAUACUCAGCUCUCGAGCUUACACAAGAUUGGCACGCCCUGGUAACAAAGCGGCCAAGGAGUUGUUGGUUCGUGGCGUGAUCGAUGUAGAAUAUCGAAGGGUCUCGUGCCACUACCCUGGUUACAACCUUAUGUUCAAGGUCCAUGAGCAAAGCAAAUAUCCUAAUUAUCUAGCUUUAGUGGUUCUAUAUGCAGAGGGGAUAAACGACAUCACAGCUGUUGAAUUGUAUCUGGAGAAUUUCAAACAAUGGAGGGGCAUGCGUAGGGCCUUCGGGGCAGUGUGGGAGAUGUCUAAUCAAGUACCAAGUGGUUCAACAAAAUUAAGGUUUCAAGUUAGUGGCAACAAAUGGGUGGAAUCCAAAAAUGAUCUGCCUGCUUCGUGGAAUGCUGGGGCUGAAUAUGACUCAGACAUUCAGCUGUGA